ACGACCAUGUUUUUAGAGAUGUUUGUGUUGUCAUAAAUAUUGUUAAAACUAAUAAAUAUAUUUGUUGAUAAGUUUAGAUAAUUAAAAUACAAAAUGCGUAUUGAAACGUGCUAUUUUUGUUCUUCAAGAAUAUACCCAGGACAUGGUAUACAAUUUGUCAGAAACGAUUGUAAAAUUUUCAGGUUUUGUCGUUCAAAAUGUCAUGCUGCAUUCAAAAAGAAAAAGAAUCCUCGUAAAACUAAAUGGACAAAAGCAUUCAGAAAAACAGCCGGCAAAGAAUUGGCUGUUGAUCCAUCAUUUGAAUUUGAAAGACGAAGAAAUAUUCCAGUUAAAUACGACAGACAAUUAUGGACGAAGACUGUAGAAGCCAUGAAGAAAAUUGAAAGUAUUAAACAAAGAAGACAAAAUAAUCAUAUUAUGCAGAGGCUCAGGAAAGGCAGAGAACAAGAAAUUCUCAGGGAUGUUAAAGAGGUUCAAAGAGAUCUCAGUCUCAUCAGAUCUCCUGCAGCUGGAUUACGUGAAAGAAGACAGAAAGAAGAACAAGAGAUGGAAACAGAAUCUGAAUUCAUUGAAGCGAUUGAUUCUAAAGGUCGUGUUGUGCUUGAGAAACCAAUUGUUGAAGAAGCCAUGGAAGAUGAUCUUGAAGUUAUACAAGACUGUGGAGAAGUUACGCUAUAACAAUAUUAAUAUUUAUGUGCAACAUAAAGCAUUAAAACUAAAAUUAAUUUGCUGAUAUUU